CGCAGUUCGCGCAGCUCGAAACGGUGCGUUUCACCUCUUCUUCUUCAACACUUCCCGCACUGGUACAGAUGCGUCAGCAGAGCUCAAAACGCUGCGUCUUGAACUCCCCCCAUAGCUUCUUCAACACUUACCUCCCUGAUACAGGAUAUUAUAUUAUCGUAUACAUCAGGCCAUGGAGGCAAAUACUGUGCGCAAUGAAGAUGAGGCUGAAGAAGAAUAUGUAUUGCUUGAUCUUGAUUCUGCUUACUCGCAGUUUGACAUUCCACCAAACGCACCCUAUGUUCUUUCGGGUUUGAACUCAGAGCAUCCUGUAUUGACUAUAGGUGACAAAUUGAACUUGAUUGGAGAAUAUCAUGAAACGGUUGGGACAUGCCUUAUUUUUAAAGAAGAAGUUGCUAGCCCUGUGGUUCAUGAAGAAACGGGACCAUCAGAAGCAAACCUUUUUGCUGGCAAAUGCAUAGUGGAUCCAAACCAACCUCAAAGCAAGCAAGUAAAACCAGUUACGAGCCUGCACCGGAUUAUAAAAUUUAGAUUGGCACCCAAUGUUGACUCUGAUGAUGCAUCUAAACAGACUCCGGAUCAGGUGCAACAUACAGUGCAUUCAAUGGGGAAUGACCAACAUGAGAAUCCAUAGUCAACCCUAAGCUUGUGUCGUAUAAACAAGGAUAACUUGCAUGCUAAGCUAAAAGCUGAAUGUUGUUGUAGAGCCUCUUUCUGAUAAGACUUUUUUCUUUUCCUUUCGACGUAGUUGGCACCAUGAGCUUUUUGUAAAUUUGAGCCAUGUGCGUUUUAGUUUCAGAAAAUGAAAAAGAAACUUAUUCGUUAAGGCUUGACCAAGCCAUCACAUUUGCUGGCCUUCAAAAUAUAAAAUUA